UGACGACGCAGAGUGAUGCUGGAAAUGGUUGUUCGAUGCGAUCACACAUUUGUUUGCGCCAUUCAUUCCUUAAUUGCUGACGUGUGAUUAAUCGAUUAUACAUGGAUUCCAAUUAUAAUCUUCGAUCGCCAGCGGUCAAACGAAUUCUUCGUGAGGCAAAAGAAAUGGAACAGCCUACACAUGAAUAUUAUGCACGACCACUUGAGGAUAAUAUAUUCGAAUGGCAUUUCACUGUACGUGGAGCAUGUGAUUCGGAUUUUGCUGACGGUCUUUAUCAUGGCCGAAUCAUUCUGCCAAGCGAAUAUCCAAUGAAACCGCCUUCUAUUAUAAUGCUCACACCGAAUGGUCGUUUUGAAUUGAACAAAAAAAUCUGUCUUAGCAUUUCGGGCCAUCAUCCAGAGACGUGGAUGCCUAGCUGGUCGAUACGUACUGUUUUGUUGGCCAUUAUUUCAUUCAUGCCUACACCAGCACAGGGUCAUAUCGGUGCCCUGGAUUACAGUGGCGAAGAACGACGUAUUUUAGCUCGUAAAUCACGCCAUUGGAAAUGUGAUCUAUGUGGAACAAUUAUUCAUCAUCUUAAGCCAACCACCGCCAAUCAUACCAUUAUGGAGAAUAGACCAUCAAACGUAUCGACAACAAAUUCAGGUUCAAUUAUAGAACCAGUUAACGUUGAUGUUCAACACCAAAAUUAUUCAAAUUGGUCAUCAUGGUCUGCGUUGGUGGUAUUAUAUUAUUCUGUAGUGAUGCUCAUUAUUGGCCUAUUAAUUCGUCGUUUACUAUCUCAUAUUUGAUUCCAUUUAUAACUGUGUUAUUUGAUUAUGAUUUUUUGUUUGU